GACAAUGGGCCAAAAUUCGGAACUGUCCCACAUAAUCCGGGACAUGUGGUCACCCUACCCCUUGUUUUUCUGUUUGACGUUCAUGUGUGAGUCUUGAACGCGCAUAUCCUUCUAGUACGGUGUUUGCAGGAGUAGUACCAACGGGGAGUGGCCAGCCAGCUACCCAAAACAACAGCAGAACAACUCUAGGCAACUGGUUGAAUGUCAAGGGGCCUGGUGCUCUCUUCUAAGUAAUUUCUCCUGUGGCUGCUGCAAAGGAGAACCAGAUGUCAUAAACCAAGAUUGAAGCCUCCCGCAUUUUGGGGGAUUUAAUACCUGUACAACCAAUCAGCCAUGGGAGUCUGUCCUGCUGUGUCCAGGUACUUCCGGAGGUGGAAGUAUAUGAUACUGUUGCUGCUGUCAGUCUCCGUUUUGGCUUGGCUCGCCACUUUUGCCGGCGAAACCGUGAAAUCAAUUCAGGAUACCCAUAGGUCAGCACAGACACUUGAGGAUAACGCUGAGGUCCUGAGGGGGGGCAUGCAAUACUCAUGGAAAACAGUGACGCAAGUCUUCUCCAAUCCUCUCCCUGACACCCCACCACCAAAAGAAAGCUGUCCUGAGAAAUCACCACUGCUUCACGGAGCCCUGAAGCUGACAUUCGAGGACUCUCUAACGCUGAAGGAGGUGGAGAGUGAGAACAGCGGAGUGGCUGAGGGCCAAUACCAGCCUCCAGACUGCCUCGCCCAGCAGAGUGUGGCCAUCCUCAUCCCUCACCGUAACCGGGAGAAACACCUCCUCUACCUCCUGCAUCACCUGCACCCUUUCCUUCAGAGGCAGCAGCUGCGCUACGGCAUCUAUGUCAUCCACCAGGCUGGAGAGGUGACGUUUAAUCGUGCCAAGCUACUUAAUGUGGGGUACUUGGAGGCACUCAAGGACUACGAUUGGGAUUGCUUCGUUUUUCACGAUGUGGAUCUGGUUCCAGAGAACGACUACAACCUAUACAAGUGUGACCAACAGCCCAAACACUUAGUGGUCGGUAGGAACGCCACAGGAUACAAAUUGCGAUACAAAGGGUACUUUGGAGGGGUGACGGCCAUGACGAAGGACCAGUUUCACAAAGUGAACGGCUUUUCAAACACUUACUGGGGAUGGGGUGGGGAGGAUGAUGAUCUUCGCAUCAGGGUGGAGCUCCAGAAAAUGAAGAUUAUACGGCCACCCCCUCUUAUAGCACGCUAUACCAUGGUAUUUCAUAAAAGAGAUAGCGGCAACGAAAUUAAUAAAGACCGGAUGCUCUUGCUAGGACGGACACCUCAAGUCUGGAGAACGGAUGGACUUAACACCUGCUCCUACAGUACUCUCUCAGUUGAGAGGCCACCUCUGUACAUUAAUGUCACAGUGGACAUUGGCAAACCACUGCACUGAGGUUUCAGAGCAUCUGUCUUGAUUUACUACAUUGAAUACAGUAAUGGUGCUCUGGUAUGUUCAUGCCUACAUGUUAUGUACCUGCCCUAACAAACGGGGUCAGUGGCAGUAGCUGGUAAGCAAAAGUUUUCACUGUAAACCAUUCCAAGCAGGGCACGUAAUAUUGCCAGGUCCUAAUAACAUAAAGUCUGGAAGCCCUUCAGUCAAAACUGGUAGGUCGUUUCUAGGGGUGAGAAUAAAACCCAAAUAAAAUUUUGCUCUGCGAUAGAGGUUUGCUGUGACUUGAUUGUUUCAACAAGUAUUUGCAUUCUAAUAGAGCAUGUUGUCAUGCUUUCUUUUUAUUACAUUUUUUUGUAAAGAAUCCUGGAUUUGGUCAUUUCUUAAUCUCUGGUUGUCAAAUAAAAAUGGGAACCAAGAAUUGCUCUCAAAUCACUCCUACAUGAAUUGAUGAAUGUAGAAGGUAAGAUGGGGAAACAAGGGACAACAUAGGACAUAAGGAACACGUUUCCAUAUGAAUCAUUCUCACAUUUGUGAAAGUAUGCUACAUGGAAAUUAAUUGUAGUUUUUAUGCAAUCUUGUUAAAACAGCCAACAGCGAUAUCACAGUGUAGAUUACUUCAUUUUCUAGACAUCACAAGUUUUAUAUUUUGAAUAUGCUGCUACAAGAUUUGUGAAGUAACUCGAACACUAAUUUUGUCAAAUGUCUAAUAUUGUAAAAUACUUUGCUUAUUUUGCCUUAAUUCAUCCAGUUGUAAAAGUACCAGAGGUCCAUUCCUGUUUUUUAUUUUUUAUUGCUGAGCUACACAGUUCCGGUCAAAUAUAUUGCCACCCUUACAUGAUUCACUAUUUAUUCUCAAACAAGUUGAAAUAAACCAAAACGUGUUCUUCACAUGUGUAUUUGUAGGUUUUACAACUGCACAGGACUCCCCCCAAAAAACCAACAGAAAUUUAGAUUUUUCACAUCGAAGUCAAAUGGCCUGCAAUAUUCAACAUUCUAAAUAAUUUGGUUGGAGGCAAUUUCUCGUUUACUGUGUAAUUUCUCACCUGUGGUAAGUUGCAGGUGCCUACAUGGUAAAAAUAUCAAUCCAACCAGUUUUAAAUAGAAAAAAACUAACAUUCUGUCCAUUGGAAAGGUACAAGGGUUCCAAUCCCGUCCGUCUAUCUAGGUCCUUGUGGGCCAUCUUGAGUCAAAGCAAGCUGUCCCAUUUAGGCUGUUAAGAGCCACCUACUGCCUUUGUGACACUUUUACCGUUUUGAUCAAAUUUAUUCUUAGUCUAUGCCUGUUUUAACAAUGUUAUUUAUCAAAUCAAAUAGGACUAUUGUGUUUAAAUUUUUAAUAUGGUUUUGGUAUGGCCUGCUCUUUCACAUAUAUGCUUCUGUAAGUUAUGCAUCAUUCAUAUUUGCAUGGUGUGAGGUUACAGCUAUAUGAGUAGUACUGUAGCGUUCAACAUUUGUUUCUGUUGUCCUACUUUAUCUGAUGAUUUAUAACAUAUUGAUGUUUAGAAUAUGUUUUGGGAUGCCAUAAUGACUGAUUCAUUAAGAGUGCCUUGUUCGGCGACACCUUUUCUCUCUUGAAUCUUUUCCUUUCAAAAUAACAUUUUUACUCUUGUAGAUUGUAUUAUAGGUGGGACUUGUGAAUUGAAGAGAAAUAAAUGAUCUAUUUCUAUAAACAAAGUCAUUUUCAAGUGUGUUUUAGUUUGCAAUGUAGUUUUGUGUAAUGUGAUUGUUUAGACAGUGGGUUGAUGAUACUGAUUUGUAAAGUAGGGUCCUUAGCUGAACUUAAACAGAAAGUCCCCGUUCUUCACCCUCUACUUUGCUCUACAAAUGAUGGACAAUAUGGAAUGUGAAACGUUUUUAUCUAUACUAAAUAAAAAUAUAAAUGCAACAA